AUGCUGAGACGGGGAUGUGGUGACAGGACGCUGCUGGAGACCUCUAUGCAGACGCGCGAAGGCAAACUGUUGACUGUACAAAUAAGCCUUCCUCAUCGAUUCCCAGAUGAGCCACCUGUUCUAACUGUGAACCAACCAACUCGACAUCCUGCAAUUGACAACAAUGGUCGAAUAAAACUGCAAGCGCUGCAGUAUUGGCAUCCUGGCCACAGACUGGCUGUGGUUGUUCAGGACGCACAGAGUGCACUGUUUGGCCAGGCUGGUCCAGCUGGCUCUACUGGCCGGUUCCCCCCUGUCAACAGCAAGCCAGGAACACCACACAUCAAUGCAGCACUGCAGAAUCUCAGUGACGAGGACCUGUGGUUGUGCAUCAUUGAUGCAGCAAAGUAUCAACAAUUUGCGAACAGAGUGCUCCAGUCCUCACAGGCGCCCUGUGUAAAUGAAGAUCUGAGGAAGAGCAAUAUAGACGUUGCUCAAAGCAACUUAGAGCGAGAAAACGAGAUUCGUGAAAUUGGAAAUCAUAUUGCCAUCAUAAAAUCUUCAGAGUAUGCCGAUGCACGAGGACUGUAUGAGGAACACGUGCAGAGACAGCAGGAAAUAGUGGGCCAUUUGAGUAUUCGUGUUCUGAGAGAACAGCUCCAGCAUUCAGCAAAAAAGGUUGAUGAAGAAUCCGAAGAGCUCAGCAGAAGAUUUCUUUCCGGGGAGAUGCCUGUCGAGGCGUUCACAGAUGAGUUUUGCAAGCUGCGGAUGACAUAUUACACGAGGGAGCUCAAAUCCCAGGCGGCAGGACAAUUGCAAUGA